CUUUAUCUUUCAUCUGGUGCUCAUCUUGUCUUGUAUUCUUGUUUCUUCAACUUCUGUCGAACGAUUGUUCUUCAUUCACAAUGGUCACCGAGGCCGACAUCAAGCCAUGGCUUCGCCCAGCGGCAACCUCAUACCUCCUUCACAACGCCUCAGUGGUCGAUGUAGAAGCAGGUGAGGUCCGACCAAACGUUACAGUCUCCAUCGAGAACGGAAAAAUCACCUCCAUCGCUCCGACAACAGCAGCAGCAACCCAACGUCCCGGGUUUACUUCAGUUAACUGUUCCGGGAAGUUCAUCUGUCCAGGCCUGAUUGACAGCCACGUUCAUCUAAUUGCAGUCCCUGGAUUCGAUAGCCUAGCGGCUGCUUUCGGGAAUCCUGACUCUGUGAGUUUACUUCGGCAGCCGUACGUUUGCGCCCAGAUGCUGCAUCGCGGUUUCACGAGCAUCCGCGACUGUGGCGGCGCCCAUACCGCAAUCAAAGAAGCCAUUGAGGAAGGAAUCUUUCCGGGCCCGCGUUUGUUCAUUGCAGGCCAUGCUUUGAGUCAAUCUGGUGGCCACGCUGAUUUCCGCGGCAAACACGACCAUUCAGCGUGCUGUGGCGGUUAUGCGACUGGAUUAGGCCGGGUGUGCAACGGAGUGCCACAGUGUAUGCAAGCUGUGCGGGAAGAGAUUCGAACAGGAAGCGACUUCAUCAAGAUCAUGGGAUCCGGUGGCGUCAGCAGUCCCACCGACAAAAUCACCCAUCUCCAAUUCACACCGGAAGAGAUUCGAGCAAUGGUAGAGUGCGCCAACAACGCCGGUACUUACGUGACUGCGCAUGCAUAUACGUCGCAAGCCAUUCGACACUGUAUCGAUAAUGGCGUCAAAGGAAUUGAACACGGCAACUUUCUUGAUGUUGAAACGGCUGCCAUUAUGGUGGAGAAAGGCGUGUACCUCACACCAACCUUGAUCACAUACGACCAGAUGGCAUCACCCAAGUGGAAAGGGUUCCUGCCACCAUCAGAGUCAUCGAAGAACAUCGAGGUUCUUGAUGCUGGAUUGAAGGCGCUGAAGAUCGCUUCAGAUGCUGGUGUGACCAUAUGCUUUGGAACAGAUCUGCUCGGUCCACUGGGUGCUGCGCAGACUCAUGAGUUCAACCUCCGCUCGAAGGUGCUCACACCGAUCGAGGUGCUACGAAGCGCGACGCUCAAUCCAGCACGUAUGUUUGGAAGAGAGAGUAGCCUGGGUCAGAUCAAGGAAGGCUUCGAAGCGGACAUGCUGAUUCUCGCUGCAAAUCCCCUGGAUGAUGUCACUAUUUUAGACAAACCGGAAGCGUAUGUAGAAGCAGUGAUGAAAGAAGGUCGGGUAUACAAAAGUCGUUGGGCCGAAAUCGCAGAAGACUCGAUGGCAAUCCGGCUGAGGCCCGCGUUGUGAGGGCAUUGUGAGAAGUAAUUUCGACAGUAUCAAAAGCC